GUGGCGCUGUACGCGCAGCAGACCGCACCCUGGCCUCCGCAUCCGCUAUAAACUGAGCGCAGCAUCCUUCGCAGCAUCAUCUGCUAAUAGACCGCCAUCUCGCGCAGCCUGCCGACACAAAACACCUCCAACAACAACAACAACAACAACAACCAGCAACCAAACACGACCAUUUUUAACUGCACAAGUGAAAACCCGAGCUGAGCAAUUUCCCUGCUUAUCCCAGACUCCUCAAGCUCCUGCGCGCAUCCGGAUAUCUGGCGACUGCAGAAGUGUUUGCGCCAUUCCAGGACCUUCCAUAACCCUUGCUGCCUUUCUCCUCUGAAUCCCAGCAUCCCCUGAUUGCUCGUGCACAUCUGUUUUUCCAGGAUGACCGAGGCUGUCGCAGAGUGCAACAUCAAGGUGCUGUGUCGCUUUCGUCCUCUCAAUCAGGCCGAGAUUGUGCGAGGAGACAAAUUUCUCCCUACGUUUCAAGGAGACGACACUGUCAUCAUCGGGGGGAAAUCCUAUGUAUUUGAUCGUGUGUUUCCCACCAACACCACCCAAGAGCAAGUCUACAACACCUGCGCCAAGAAAAUUGUGAAAGAUGUACUGGGUGGCUACAAUGGCACUAUCUUUGCUUAUGGACAAACGUCUUCUGGAAAGACCCACACCAUGGAGGGCAGCCUGCAUGACCCUCAGCAGAUGGGAAUCAUACCCCGCAUCGCGGAGGACAUUUUCAACCAUAUUUUUUCCAUGGAUGAAAACCUGGAGUUCCACAUUAAGGUGUCCUACUUUGAGAUCUACAUGGAAAAAAUCCGGGAUCUUCUGGAUGUCACUAAGACCAACCUAUCUGUACAUGAGGACAAGAACCGUGUCCCCUAUGUUAAGGGCUGUACUGAACGUUUUGUCUCGAGCCCAGAGGAGGUGAUGGACGUGAUUGAUGAAGGAAAGUCUAACCGCCAUGUCGCUGUCACCAACAUGAAUGAACAUAGUUCUCGCAGUCACAGCAUAUUCCUGAUCAACAUCAAGCAGGAGCAUGUGGAAACAGAGCAGAAACUCUCUGGAAAGCUCUAUCUUGUGGACCUGGCUGGCAGCGAGAAGGUCAGUAAGACUGGUGCAGCUGGAGCUGUUUUAGAUGAGGCUAAAAACAUCAACAAGUCUCUGUCUGCCCUGGGCAAUGUCAUAUCUGCUCUUGCUGAGGGAACGAAGACCCAUGUGCCAUACCGUGACAGCAAGAUGACACGGAUCCUGCAGGACUCUCUGGGGGGUAACUGCAGGACUACCAUGUUUAUCUGCUGCUCUCCUUCGGGUUUCAAUGAAGCUGAGACCAGAUCAACUCUCAUGUUUGGACAACGUGCUAAGACGAUCAAGAACGCAGCCUCUAUAAAUCUGGAGCUGACAGCAGAGCAGUGGAAGAGGAAGUAUGAGAAGGAAAAGGAGAAGAAUAAGACUCUGAGAGACACUAUUCAGAGGCUGGAAGCUGAGCUGAAACGCUGGCGCAGUGGAGAGGAAGUGCCGGAGGUGGAACAGGCUACUGCCGACAUGACAAAAUUGGAGAACAAUGAUGAGUCUCUGGAUAAUGAGAAAGAGAUGGAGAGACAAAAGGAGAAAGAGAGAGAGAGGACCUUGGAUACCUCCUCCAUCGUGGUGCGUAUCUCGGAGGAGGAGCGGCAGAAGUAUGAGGAGGAGAUCCGGAAGCUUUACCGCCAGCUGGAUGACAAGGAUGAUGAGAUCAAUCUGCAGUGUCAGUUGGUUGAGAAGCUUAAACAGCAAAUGCUGGCUCAAGAUGAGCUGUUGGCAUCAACACGUGGGGACAGUGAUAAGGUGCAGAGCGAGCUUGGCCGGCUGCAGUCGGAGAGCGACAGUGCCAAGGCCGAAGUGAGGGAAGUGCUGCAGGCGCUUGAGGAGCUUGCCGUCAACUAUGACCAGAAGAGCCAGGAGGUGGAGGAGAAGAGCCUGCACAACAAGCAGCUGGCUGAGCAGCUCAGCCAAAAAAUGGCCAGUCUAAUGGAACUGGAAGCUGAACUGGCUCAGAUGCAGGAGGUGAGCUCGCAGCAGAGGAAGCGCAUUGCUGACGUGUUGAAUGGCUUAAUGAGGGACCUGAGUGAAUUCAGCACCAUUGUGGGCAAUGGAGAAAUCAAACUGCCAGUAGAAAUCAGCGGGGCUAUAGAGGAGGAGUUCACCGUGGCCAGGCUUUACAUCAGCAAGAUUAAAUCGGAGGUGAAAUCGAUGGUGAAGCGGUGCAGACAGCUGGAGAGCAUGCAAUUGGAGUGCCAUCGCAAAAUGGAGGAGACUGGCCGAGAACUCUCCUCCUGCCAGCUCCUCAUCUCACAGCAUGAGGCAAAGAUCCGGUCUCUCACUGAGUAUAUGCAGAAUGUGGAGCAGAAGAAGAGACAGCUAGAGGAUAGCUAUGAUGCUCUGAGUGAAGAACUGUCCCUGUUACAGAAUCCAGAACAGCAGGAUGGAGCGGAAAAGCCAGAGACAGGGGAAGCUGAUGGAAAGAAGGCCGUUCACAGAGCUACAGGCCAUCGCGAACCUCGCCACACUCAACUCAGCCAAUUGCGGGAUGAGAUCAACGAGAAACAGCGCCUUAUUGAUGAGCUCACUGAUAAGAACCAGGCUCUGGAGUUAGAGCUGGCCCACGUGCAAUCUGACUUCAGCAACCUGAAGAUUCAGGAGGACACAAAAAACGCACGUUUGGAACAGCUAUCAUUUCAGCAGGAGAGGCAUGAGCAGUCUAAACAAGAUCUCAAGGGCCUGGAGGAGACUGUUGCUCGUGAGCUCCAGACCCUCCAUAACCUGCGCAAGCUGUUCGUUCAAGACCUCACGACUCGAGUUAAAAAAAGUUCAGAAAUUGGACCUGAUGAUAGUGGGGGGUCUAACACCCAGAAGCAGAAGAUUUCCUUUCUUGAAAACAACCUGGACCAGCUUACAAAGGUUCACAAACAGCUGGUACGUGAUAAUGCAGAUCUGCGCUGUGAGCUUCCGAAACUGGAGAAGCGUCUUCGCUCUACGGCUGAGCGCGUUCGGGCACUUGAGGCGGCACUAAAGGAUGCCAAACAGGGUGCCAUGAACGAUCGGCGCCGCUACCAGCAGGAGGUGGAGCGUAUUCGCGAUGCCAUGCGCCUGCGCAACGCACUGCGCCGCCCACACGCUGCUCAGAUUGCAAAGCCAGUGAGGCCUGGGAACUAUGGCGCCGCCACCUCUCCCACCACCUCUCUCUCCAUGCGAGCCAGUGAGCCUGUGACAUCAUUCAGUAAUGUCCUGUUCCAGAGAGAGGAGAAGUCUGUUCCCCAGAAAACCAACGUAGUUGGCUACAGCACUGUGAGAUCUAUAGACAUACUAAGCUCCUACCCGCUGGAUGUGGAAAAUGGAAACAGCCCAGACAUUAAUGACAACAGGAGUGAUGCACACUGUGGCAGUAUGGUGGAACCAUCCAGACAUUAUAUCAUGCAGCCAGAGGCUGCAGCCAGUUAAUCAACUUAUACAGAUUCCAGUUUCCUGCAUGCUGUCAACUUUCUCCGUCUACUCCGAACUUGCCGAAUUCCAGCUCCCAGACUUUCUUGUUCUGUCCUGUCUUAUACUGUAUAUCCCUGAGUGGUUCCUCACUAUGUUACGGUCAUUAUUUCCAUUCUGCCCUCGUAUAGUCCUCCCUUGUAUAUUUCAUAGCAAUGCUGCAUGUUUGUCCUGUAUAGUUUAAAAUCCGAGCAUAAUUUAUAUCUUGAGACACAUGAAUAAAUUCCUGAAGCAUUACUACAUGCAAAAGAAUAUAAGAAAAUGCGGUUGUUGUAAAUUUCUAAAGCCUUUUUAGAGUAAGUAUGCAGAAGCCUUUGGUAAAUCUGGACCAUAGUCACAAAUCUACAUUGCAGCCUCUGGAGAAAUUAGUAGUCUUUUGCUGAGCCUUAAACUAGACAGCUUUCCACACCUUCCACUUUCCAUGCCAGUUGGUAUGUGUGCUCAAGUGCAAGUCUCUAUAUUAUUGAUAGAAAGCUGCAGGUGUGAUAGUGUUGGUGUGUAUAUUUUAAUGCACAUGCUAUAUCCAUGUACUGACUACCUCCAGAUAUUCUAACAUCAUGUAAAUGCUGUCAUCCAGUUGAGUUUAAUCAUAUCAAUGUCAGGAGGAUAAUGGGAAAAUCUUCAAAACAUUCUAUCAAACAUAGCGUCAGCCGCAAGCUUUAUCAACUUUUCUAAAUGGAUUGGGUUGGGUUUGGUAGCAGAAUAACAGGCCGCUGGUUCCUCCAGUGUUGUGGGACGUGACCAGUCACUUUUCCCAAAUGCUGAGGAGGGGUUCUCUUUCUCUUUGGACAACCUGAUCAGCCAGUCAGGAUAGGAGAAAGCAUGAACUAUGUUGAGCUAGUUUUUGGCCAUCUUAUAUAUAAGGGCUUAAUGAUGUAUGUUUAUAAAGCGAGUGCUAAGCCGGUGUGUGUGUGUGUGUGUGUGUGUGUGUGUGUUUGUGUGUGUGUGUGCGCACACUGUCUAAUCCACUAUUGCUUCAAUCUACCUUGAGGUUCUGAUUCAUACACAUAUGUCUUUUAUCCCUAUUGUCUUCCAGCCCCUCACUCUCUCCCUCUUUUCUGUCUCUCGUGCACCAUUUCACCUUAUUCCUCUAUCUUAGUUAGAUCUGUGUGUAUUUCAGAAUCCAUCUCACUUAUAUCUAUAUUUUAUCAGAAGAAUAUUUGUAAAUGAGGAGUGUUAAUCUUGUAACUGUUCUUACAUGAUGGAAAUAGUGAUGCAGAAUGUUACACUAUAAAUAAGAUUAGUAUUAGUAAUAUGAAUCACAAUCUUUUCCUAAAGUGCUAAUCCAGCAAUUGUUCUUACCCAAAUUCUUACUGGAACCACACACUACAGAUCUACUCCUUAUUAGUGAAGGACUGAAACUUGAGAUAGUCAUACAUUACUCAUGUCUUAUGUUCAGCUCAAAGAGUGUACAUUGAUGUAGUUUAUGUAGUUUGUUGGUUACCAGUUGCAAGAAAUAAAUGUUCAUUAAAGACAAUUAGACAUA